AUGGAGCAACCGCAGGAGCAGCUCACUGUAGUUCUGACAGGAUUCGGUCCAUUCGAUUCAUUCCCGCAGACGAAUCCCAGUGAACAAGUGGUGCGACAUAUCACCGAGAAAGGUCACUCUUAUUUCUUAAAUGGCGAUAAGGCGGCUGUACUGAUGAUUCUCACUCUUGUCGUCCACUUGGGUGGGCAUGAGGAAUGGCGAUGUGUGAAAAUCGAAACAAGAAGUUGUGGCAUCGGAUACUACGAUAAAGACACCAAAUGUACUCCUUUGCGUUUAUAUUCAUCGUUGACACCCUAUUCCCUCCUCUCCCCCUCCCCCCCUGUUGAUCUUUUGAAUCAUACUUCUGAUCAAAUCAACUGCGUUACAAGUAGAAAGAUAAACUUCUUAUUUUCACACCAAACACAAAAACACAACCUUUACGUAACCUAA